UAUAAAUUGCUUUCAGACAUCUUUCCCCAGUCACAUAAAGUUUUCUUACUCUCCUUUUUCCAAGUUAAUUCUUCCUUUUUUGUUUUCUCAUAUUCACGCCCCUUCCUCAGCCAGCCAUGGACGCUCCAGGAACCAAUUCUAUCAACGGCGCUGCGUUCAACGUGCUAAACUCCAUCAUCGGCUCCGGGAUCAUAUGCUUGCCUAUAGCGCUAAAGAACGCUGGCCUUGUAGCCGGUAUCCUGCUCCUCAUUCUGGUCGGCAUGAUAUCGCAGUUCACGACAUAUACGCUGGUGUUCACUGGGAAGCGCACAAACGCCAUGAGCUACUCUGAAGUAGCGCGCCAGGCGCUGGGCACCACCGGCUACCGCAUUCUGAAUGCCUCGCUGAUAUUCUCGAUGCUGGGCGCACUGACUACCUAUUUGAUUAUCGUCGGCGAUAUUCUGACGGCGCUACGCGAAGCAUACCUGCCAGCACUCGCAUGGGCCACUCGGUCAGCAACAAUCAUAGGCGUAUCAGUUUCAUGCAUCUCGCCGUUCCUGUUUUUCAGGAACUCGGGCCCACUGGCCAAAAUCUCCUGUCGUACAGACUACCCACUGGUGCUUGGCAGCAAGGUGUUCCCGGCCCUGGGCAUGCUGAGCUUCUCGUUCUGCUCAUCGCACGCCGCCUUCCAGAACUUCCUGGGCCUCGAGGUCCGGUCUUUGCAGAACUGGCGCAAAUGCACUAUGAUUGCAACGUGGGCGGCACUAGUGAUCUGCUGCAGCUUCGCAGUCAUCGGGCUGAUGAGCUUUGGGUCGGGCGUGCAGGCAAACAUAUUCCAGAACUUCCCGCAGAACGACCCGUAUGUCAAUGUUGCGCGCCUGCUGUUCUGCCUGACACUGGUUCUGACCUUCCCGCUGACGUUCUAUCCGGCCCGAGACACGCUGACGCACAUGCUGCACAUUGACCAGCCGCAGCUGGCCCGGCUGUCCACGCGCGAGAUGGUGUGCUCGCUGACACUCUUCGGCUUGGUCAUUGCUGCUGCCACACAGUGCACGGACCUGGGCAUGGCUUAUGAGCUGGUUGGCGCUGCCACUGCGACUGUCAUUGGCUUUGUAUUCCCAUCCCUGAUCUUCCUGUGGUCCGGCUCGGAUCUGACCGUGGCCAAGGUGCUCGUCUCUCGGCCGGUGGCCAGCCUGCUGCCGCUGAUUGAGCGCACCAAGGACACUGACGAGGACAACAUUGCCCAGGGAAGACAGUCGGUGACGCUGUGGAGUGUGGGCUGGUUUGUAUUUUACUUUGGGAUCACCGUCUUCUUCGUCGGUACCUACUCUAUCAUUCAUAGAUAACCUCUGGCCUCUGCUAGAGACCUGGCCAUUUGACAUGUCUAAAUAGAUUGCGUGUAAUACUAGAUGCAUGAUUAGCAUUAAACAAACCUGUGCUACACUGCCCAAGAACGGCGCUUUUUAGCAUCGGUUACCUCUGCUACUGGUGAAUGGACA